AUGUGUCAAUUGAGUGUGGAAAAUACUCUUCGCCGGGGCAAAGACAACAAAAUAGCAGACCUUGCCGCGGAACUCGGAUUCGAUGAUGAAGCAAUAGACAAACUGUUACAGCAGUGGCAUGGUAUAAAUUAUGUUAAAUGGAAUGCUACACAUAAUAUUGGGUCACUUAAGGACUAUUAUUUGCUUUCACAUCACGAGAUUCACAAGCGUUCUACGGAGCCAAGUCAUGAGCACCAUCGCAAGUUGAACAAUGAACCGGAGGUUCGAUGGUUCCAACAACAGCGCGAACGGCGGAGAGUGAAGCGUGAUUACACACCACGAGAAAGUGCGUUGUGGUCGCAGUUUAAUCGCCGGAUACCUUCACAUCGGACCAGACAUCGGGCGCUCUCUCCCUCCCCCUUUUUUCCUGAUCCAUUAUUUAAGGAGCAGUGGUAUUUGAAUGGAGGAGCUAAGGAUGGGCUGGACAUGAAUGUAGCAUCGGCAUGGCAAAGAGGCUAUACUGGGAAGGGUAUUGUUGUUUCUAUCCUCGAUGAUGGAAUCCAAACCAAUCAUCCUGAUCUUGCCCAAAACUAUGACCCUAACGCCUCAACGGACAUUAAUGGUAAUGAUGACGACCCCAUGCCACAAGACAACGGAGAUAAUAAGCAUGGCACUAGAUGCGCCGGAGAGGUUGCCGCAGUAGCAUAUAAUCAAUAUUGUGGUGUUGGUAUAGCUUACAAUGCAAGUAUAGGUGGAGUACGGAUGUUGGAUGGCGUUGUAAAUGAUGCGGUUGAAGCUAGAGCUUUGGGUUUGAACCCAGAUCACAUUGAUAUAUACAGUGCCUCAUGGGGACCAGAAGACGACGGAAAGACUGUUGAUGGUCCUGGACCAUUAGCUCGGCGGGCGUUUAUUUACGGUGUAACUAGCGGUCGUCGUGGUAAAGGGAGUAUAUUUGUUUGGGCAUCAGGAAACGGCGGAAGACAUACUGACUCUUGUAACUGUGAUGGCUAUACAAACAGUAUUUUUACAUUAUCAAUUUCGAGCGCUACGCAAGGUGGAUAUAAACCUUGGUACCUUGAGGAAUGCUCUUCUACUCUUGCAACUACAUACAGUUCCGGCACACCAGGACAUGAUAAAAGUGUAGCUACAGUUGAUAUGGAUGGACGAUUGAGACCUGAUCAUAUAUGUACAGUGGAACAUACAGGUACAUCUGCUUCAGCUCCUUUGGCUGCUGGUAUUUGUGCGUUAGCUUUAGAGGCAAAUCCAGAUUUGACGUGGCGAGAUAUGCAAUACUUGGUUGUACUUACAUCACGACCGCAACCGCUAGAAAGAGAAACUGGCUGGCUCGUCAAUGGAGUUAAGAGGAAAAUUAGUCAUAAAUUUGGAUAUGGUUUGAUGGAUGCGACAGAGAUGGUAAAUUUAGCAGAACAGUGGGUGUCGGUACCACCACAACAUAUAUGUAAAUCGCAAGAGAUUAACGAAGACAAAUCCAUAGAAUCUUCAUAUGGAUACACAUUAAGUGUUCAUAUGGAUGUAAAUGGGUGCAGUGGAACUGUGAAUGAAGUUCGGUAUCUAGAACAUGUUCAGUGUAAAAUAUCAUUAAGAUUUUUCCCUAGAGGAAAUCUGAGAAUACUUCUAACUUCUCCAAUGGGAACAACUUCGACACUUUUAUUCGAAAGGCCCCGGGAUGUAGUUAGUUCCAAUUUCGAUGAUUGGCCGUUCUUAAGCGUACACUUCUGGGGAGAACAUGCUGAAGGCAGAUGGACUUUGCAUAUCGUAAAUGCUGGAAAUAGGCAUGUUAACCAACCCGGCAUUCUUAAGAAAUGGCAGCUAAUAUUUUACGGUACUUCAGUUGAUCCAGUAAGACUACGAAGCAAAAGACCAUCAGCUAUCGCACCUCCUUUCGCAUUCCCUACAGCCGUUGACGGCUAUGAUUCAGCUGGGGAUUCUUUUUACAAUACUGACGCAUUUGCCAACUACCAAAACUUUCCCAGUUUAUUCGCAGCCGGUUCAGAUCCGGAGAAAGCGAUAGCCCAACUCGACGGACAUAAUGUCCCUUCACCGCAUGGGGAGAAUGUUCUCGCUGAUAGUAAUGACAAACGCGUCCUGCAUGAAUGUGACCCAGAAUGCGAUGCCCAGGGCUGCUAUGGAAAAGGACCUACCCAGUGUAUAGCAUGCAAGCACUAUCGCCUUGACGAUGCCUGCGUUUCUCGUUGCCCCCCACGUAGUUUCGCUAACCAAGGCGCAGUGUGUUGGCCUUGUCAUGAAUCUUGCGAAACGUGUGUUGGUCCUGGACAGGAUUCUUGUUUGACUUGUGCUCCAGCGCAUUUACUAGUCGCAGAUUUGGCUGUAUGCCUUCAACAAUGCCCCGACGGCUAUUGGGAGGAUAGUGAGUCGUCAGUUUGCCGGCCUUGCGCUGCUCACUGCUCCACGUGUUCGGAGAGAGCGGACUCUUGUACGUCCUGCGAACACCAUUUAGUUCUUCAUAAUGGAACGUGUCUGGCGUCUUGUCCGCCUUCGUAUUUUGAAACUGAAGACUACGCGUGUGUCAAAUGUCAUUCAUCGUGUGACACUUGCGAGGGUUCUGGUGCCGCCCAGUGUAUCACUUGCCAUCCUGCAAGUUAUGCGCUAGAAGGAAGAUGUGUUAAUGCUUGUCCCACUGGCUAUUAUGCUGAUAAGAAAAGAAAGGAGUGUAUGAAAUGUCCAGUUGGUUGUUCAACUUGUAUAAGCGCGUUAUGCAUGUCAUGCGCUGAAAAUUGGGAACUGAAUAAAAAAGGUAAAUGUGUCCCCGUUGGUGCGGAGAGAUGCAGUACAGGGGAAUUCUCCGAUGGCACCAACUGUAACCGCUGCCACGACGCCUGUGAUUCCUGCUAUGGAGAUGACGAAAGCAAUUGCUUAACUUGUCCUUCGCCGAAUCUUUUGGAAAACUACAAGUGCGUCUCAGAAUGCAGUCGAGGUUUCUACUUGGAUGCGGGUAGAUGUACGCGUUGCAUUCACGGUUGUUCAGAAUGCGUUUCAAGACUUAACUGUACUGCUUGUACCGGCUCGUUACGACUCCAGUCCGGCGCUUGCAGGACUUCGUGUGCUGAUGGAUACUACGCGGAUCGCGGCACAUGUUCUAAGUGCUACUUAUCAUGUCGGACGUGUAUCGGGCCGCGUCGGGAUCAGUGUGCCUCGUGUCCUUCUGGCUGGAGGUUGGCUGCCGGCGAAUGUCAUCCGGAAUGCCCGCAAGGCUUCUACCAAAGUGUAGGCGGCUGUCGUCGCUGUCAUCAUUACUGCAGGGAGUGCGAUGGAUCGGGCCCGUUGCACUGCAAGUCGUGUCCGCCCCGCUUCAUGCUCGAUGGCGGGCUUUGUAUGGAAUGCCUUGGCUCUCAGUACUACGAGGCGAGCAGUGGAUUAUGUCGCGGUUGUCACAGUACUUGUCGCACGUGUUCCGGACCGGGGAGGUUCAGCUGUACGGCUUGCUCUAGGCCGCUUCGACUAGACAGGUUGAACAACCAAUGUGUGCCUUGCUGUGCAGAGCGAGGAGUUUCCGCUAAUUCAACUGCACCCGAUUGCUGUCACUGUAAUCCGGAUAACGGCGAAUGCAUAAACGCGUCUGUUGCCGGCAAGCGACGUAUAGCUGAGUGGGGCGCCUUGCACACCGCGGAGAGGGAGCGUCCCGCUCCCAGUGUGGCGGCCGUCACACUGACUGUGUGCGCGGCGGCCGCCACCGUGUUCUUCGCAGUGCUUUUUGUUUUACAGAUACGUAGCGCGCGUCGCCCAAAAACGACAACGCGCGGCGUCUUAUAUUCGCCGCUCGCCUGCACCGAUGAAGGAGACGUAACAGUUUUAGCUUCGAACACUAUAUUUCCGGUCAAGCCUAAUAACGAACAUGAACAUGAAGAAGAACCCCUGCUCGAACAUUCCACAUAA